AUGCUCGAUGCGGGAGCCAGCGCUUCUACAUCCCCCGUCUAUGAGCGGGCUCCUGACCUAGAUCCUGGCUGGCAGGCCGUUGAAACGCAGCCAGCCAACGGAGGAUAUGCGCAACUAAAUCAGCUCAUUCCUGCAGCAGCAGCACCACAAGGGAGCCGGAGGGGCUCGCAAAAGAAGAAUUUGGCCAGAGUACCAGCAUCAUUCGUCCAGAGGCAAGAAAAGGUGAAGAUUUCCAAGCGAAACGGACCUUUGGACGAGAUCACGCGUCAGAAGACGCAUCGGAUGCGCAAGAAGAAGAACGGCUGCCUUCGAUGCAGGUUCUUCAAAGUCGGGUGUGAUGAUGGAGAAGUCUGCCAAAGAUGCCUUAAAGUCGAGGGCAACGCUAGGUCCUUCAAGCAGCCGUGCACGAGGGAUCGUCUAGAGGAUGCUUACUUGGUCCGUCACUGCAAUGGUCGCUCUGUCCAGGAAGAAGGAGAGUUCCUGGGCUACGACUGGGUACCCAAUAGUGGCCUCUAUGAUAUGGAGGUCAUGUGGAAUCUGCCUGGAUACGGCCCGAUAAGGAUGGCCCGGCCCUUCACCGUCAAGGGCCGUCAGUACUACCCAAAAAGGAGUUUCCUAGAUACCGCGACAUCUAUAUGGAGCAAUGAGAACGGAGAACUCAGGGCCGUGAAGCAACCACCGUAUGCAAUAUACGACUCCGCCAGUCUGAUCCUCGGCCUUGAAAGAUAUUACUCCCUCUAUCAGGACGAGAUCGAAGGGUGGAUAUUCAACCGGGUCCGCCAUGACGAGGUCGCUUGGCUUACAUACCAUGAGGUGGUUCGAAUGCGCAACAAGACUCCUCGCGGACCGCGCAAUCUUCUUGACUUGGCUUUGCGUCUUCAAUGCCUGUCGAUCGUCUCACAGGGAUAUGGCACCGUUUGUUCAGAAAAUGUCCCAGGGAUUCAAGAGUACGAUUUCGGCAAGAUGGGUCGGAGCAGCUACGAGGCGUAUGACCGUAACUCACGCGAUCGCCCUCUCCCGGGUCAGAUGUCCCAACAAAUGGACGUCGCCAUUUUGAAAUCCCUGAAGAAACUCGAGAAGCUCUGCGCAAAGGAACUGGGUAGCCGGAUUUUCCAAUCCAAGAUCAAGCCAUGGUACGAGCUGCUCUUGGCUCUCUUUGUAUUGUUCUGGAAUCUUGAGUACAUAAGCCGCGGCGCGGAGAAGUAUAUUCUGGCCAAGAAUGGGACGGACCUCGAAGGCCAGGUCGGCAACGUUGUCCGCAACCAACUCAAGAAGUGGGAUUGGGCAUUUCGAGUCCUUCUGCAGCACUGGGCUGCUGUGAUGCGAGACUUUGACCCCCUCAAGCUAGCGCGCGAGAACCCUGAAGAGCUGCGCAUAAACGGUCACGUGGACGCAGAAGGUUUCCAAUUUCUGAUGAAGCUGGCUAAGGUCUUGGAGCAUGGACGGCCUGAACAAUACCCAAACCCAUAUGUUGGCGCCCCAUCUACUUACUCUUCACUGACCAGCGAGUGGAUCAGAGCGCUCUUCAAAGAAGCCGGCGCUUAG